UAGUUCCUGCAGGUUCUCUCUUCCGUCUUCAGAGCCAGUGGCCCUCCCUGUGCUGAGCAGCUAGGAAGCCCCUGUCAGCGAGCUUGUAGGAGCUUGAAACCAUUGUCACCCCUCCGACUCUUACCAGGAGGGAAACAUGGUUGAAGCUGAUCGCCCGGGAAAGCUCUUCAUUGGUGGCCUCAAUACAGAAACAAAUGAGAAAGCCCUUGAAGCUGUAUUUGGCAAAUAUGGACGGAUAGAGGAAGUACUCUUGAUGAAAGAUCGUGAAACCAACAAAUCGAGAGGAUUUGCUUUUGUCACCUUUGAAAGUGCAGCAGAUGCUAAGGAUGCAGCCAGAGAUAUGAAUGGAAAGUCCUUAGAUGGAAAAGCCAUCAAGGUAGAACAAGCCACCAAACCAUCAUUUGAAACUGGUAGGCGUGGACCACCUCCACCUCCAAGAAGCAGAGGCCCUCCAAGGGGUCUUAGAGGCGGAAGAGGAGGAAGUGGAGGAACCAGGGGACCUCCCUCAGGAGGAGGGCACAUGGAUGAUGGUGGCUAUUCCAUGAAUUUUAGCAUGAGU